UCGCGUCGCGGGACGAUCUCCUCCGUGGUCGUGGGGUGGCCGAUCUCGGCCGCAUCGUUCUAGUGGCAAACGAGCGUGAUUUUUCACCCCGCUGCCCCUCGGUGCGAGGGUCACGAAGGGUCCUCACGCGCGUAAAACGCGUACGGGGAUCAGUUCAGCCGAGCGGUCGCGCGCGCGGAGGGCGCGAGCGGCACAUGUCUCUCUACGCGCGCGUGGCAGACGCGUUAUCGUUAUCGCGCGGUUAUCGCCGUUCGACGAGCGGGAGCGCCGCGACAGGAAGCCCGGUCACCUCGCCCGGCCCGCUCGCGCGCGCUGGCUAGCUUCCAUGGAGGCUACGCUGGCGAAGCUGGCGCGGAGUUGACCGUGCGGGCGCGAGGACGCGCGACGGACAGAAUCGAUGCCGCGGCGCGAGUCGGAACCGCGAGUGCCGUAGAGCCGACACGCGACACCGUCGUUUCCAGAGUCCUGCAACGCGCCGCCGUGCCUGUGAGCGACCACGACGGCGGCAUCGUCGCGCGCGCGAGGAGCAUCACCCUCGCAGUCAGCCUCGCACCGAGGACCAGGAGUUUCCGGAGCAGUGCGCGAGCCGGGACCACCAUCGCCACCACCACCACCAUCAACCACCACCACCACCACUGGACUUCUCUGGCAACAGGACGGACAUUGACGGCGAGGUAGUCGACGAGGACCUCUUCCGAGAGUGCAAGUUGGAGACUCGUCCGAUCUUGGUGACCUGGGCAUGGUCUUAGGUGCGACGGCGGGGCGAUGACGCUCAACCACCGUCCGUCGCCAUCAGCAAGAGUCCCUAAGGACUCUCCCAGCUUCCCGCUCCCGGUACCGGUCCCGAUCCCGAUUCUGAUCCAACUUUCUGACAACGGGUGUCACUACCCGAAGAGCAACGUUGUGAAAGCGUGCGCGAUUGCUGCAGCGGGGAGGAGGUAUGAGAGACCGCCCUCAUCAUUACCGAGAUCAUCACGGGCAGGCCAUGCCACUCGAGGAGGUUCAAGGGCUGUUACUUCCACCCUCCAGAACAGGUAACCGGGGACCUCUGAAUGUGACGAUUGUACAGGUCGGCAGAGGAAAUGGAGGCGGCGGUGGAGAUGGCGGAAGUGAUUUGCUGAGAUUGGAACCGCCGUCGGAUUUAAGACCGGCCCCGUCGCCCCUAUCCGACACCAGUGCUACCUUGCAGUCUGACAACAAUGACACCUUGGCCGGAGGUGUGGAUCCAAGAUUGUUAUUGGGAACUGGUGGCGAUCGCAAUACCUGGGAGGGUCGCUAUCACGUGAAGGAACAUCGACGCGCUGGGAAAGCUACCUUUCAGGGUCAAGUUUACAACUUCCUCGAGCGUCCAACCGGCUGGAAGUGCUUCCUGUACCACUUCUCUGUAAGGGAUCCAUGUCAUCACCAAGCAUCACGUUAAAUACUUGCAUACUUGUCCAAUCCGAAUUUCAUUCGCUUGCCUUAUCAGUCGCUUGCCGCGCUCAAUACGUCAAGGGAAGAUGAAACGUACGUACUUGUUGGCACUGCAGCAUCAAUCUUUAUUGCCACCCGAUAAAUAUUAUUAAUACAGUAAGAAAGAUUGAUGGCGUUUCCAAUAUCGAUGUGUCUCGGAGCAGCGAUUAAUAUGCAGAAGCUUAUCUCAGAUAAAGAUAAAUUCAGAUAAAGAGGACGUUUAACUCUUGCGGCUCGUAUAUCGUUUUUUUCACGUUAUCAUUAAUUGAAAGUUUCUCAAGUUGAAGUGAUUGAGAGAAAUGAAAGAAUGGCAGGCAAGAGAUGUAUAUGUACACCAUGAACAGGUUAAUGCUUCCCACAAAAGCCCACAAAAACCGCCGGAUGAAAUUAGUCAGUCGGUCAGUUCUGUACACUCGAUUACAGUAAUAACUUUGUAUGUUUUUGCGCAAUAUUUUCUCGGUUUGCGUUAGGCCAACGAUAACGCAAUAUUCUUUAUUAGAAAUUUAUAUGAUGGAUGAAAUAUCCAUCUGUGCGCGAGACGCUUUAUGCUUCCCCAGAGUGUUCUCCGAAUGUGCACGUCGAUAAAUAAAGCUAUAUAUCCCGACACAGAGAGAGAGGGAGAGAGAGAGACAUAGUACGACUGCUUCAUCAAGUGAUAUGUACUUGCUUAUUACGAUUUCGUAAUGUUCCCGUAUUUGUGAUUCAAUGGUGUUUGCAAUCUGGGACUCGAACAAAUUGAUUUCAUGAUUAAUACAUUAUUCUUCCAACUAUUCUCGCCAAGAAAUCGUCCAAAUAUCUAGACAACGUGCUUUGCAAGAUGACGAUACACAUGUAGAAAUAUUAGCUACAUAAUUUUUCCAGAAAAAAACUUUUACUAUUUUCACGAGACAUUUUUUGCUAAUCGGGCCUUUUUUUAUUACAAAGCCUUCUUACGGUUUAUACGUAGCUUAGGUUCAAGGCGCACAGAUGGCGGACUCUAUACGGCAGCGGUCACUCUACUUGGUCUGAUCAAUAUUCUCAUUUCAUUAUUUUUUCUGUACAGAAAUCUGCAAUGUUAAAGCAUGCGAGUUUUAUUGCUAGUUAUUAUCGGGCGAGCAAGGACGAAAAUACGCAUUUAUUGACGUGCAAUUCGUGUUACCAAAGUUGCGAUACAGUGAAACCACAUGUUUCGAAAAGCACAUGGUAAAGUUUACCUGGAUAUAUCGAUAGUUUACGCAAUUUCGGUGGCGACAAUGUUGUACGUACAGUAUCUGCAUUAUCGCACGUGACUUGCCGUUACUUCUCUAGAUUUGUACCAAUGAUACAGAGGGAAUGAUUUAGGAAUUUUUAAGAGUUUUAUGGAAAAAAACAAUAUAUAUAUAUGAGGGUCACCAUGCCAGGUGAUACUCCACCGUCAACUCUCGGUAUUGACGUAGCAUCUGCGAGAUGUUGCGUUGGAGGAAUAAAUUUGGCAUUACGCAGCGAAAUCUGCCUGGCGUCAGGUCAGGAAAUUGGCAUGUAGGUCUGAAAGGAACGCGCCGCUUUAUGCAUACAAGAUCAUCUUUCUCCGUCGCGCACGGUGAUUAGUGCGUCAGUUUUCCUCACGGUAUACUCGCAAUGCAUAAUUGAUAAUUACGACACCAUUACAUGGCAAGAAGCUGAUUGUCGACAUUGCGAUGCAAUGAUAAAUUCUCUAUAACAAAAGUUUAUACCAUUUACGCGCGCUUUCGAGAUGAAGCUUUGCGUUCUCACAAACUCCGUGGCAACUCCAUUAUUGACGUAACAAAGUCUACGUUGCACUUGCAGUACAUACUGUAAACCGAGCGCGACAAAGAGAAAGACAAUCUCGGAAAUGUAUUAUCGGAUGGAUUACAAGCGGUUGCUUGGUGAGUGGUGGACGAGAGCUCUCAAAUCUUGAGGUAAUUCAAAGACAAAGGUCUACGGAUGCUUCCCGUGGCUUGUACGACUUUCUCAUGCCACCCUUUCGCGGCACGCAUUUCCAAGUAACGUAGGACGCAUGAUCGAAAUGUGCGUCACGCGAGCACGGAACGCACGUGGCAUUUCAAUAAUUCAUCUCAACCGUCCUAGCAAGGAAUUUGCUUUCGCCCUUCCGUUUCUUUUUACGUUUCGUCCUCGGGAACGGGAGAGAACGAGGGUGAUUCCUUCGUUCGUCCGUCUCCGUAACGCAACGAGUUACGGGAUUACGCUACUUGGAGCUUGUGCUCGGAGCACGAAGAAGAUCGAAUUUAUUGUUAUUGUCCAACAAAGAAGAUUUGGAAAAUAACAUGGAUUUAUGAUCACGACUGAAUACUGUUGAGCAAUGUUAAAGAUGAGACGGAAACGAGAUCACUGACGAGUUACGUGCUCGAGGGACGCGCGACGCGAAAGGGCUAAUGUCCAACGACCAACAUUGAUUUUCUUGCUUUUACAAUGUCACAUGUGACACAAACUGACACGAAGCCCGUCUAAGUAACAUUGCUCGGAUGACUCGCCUUGCAAACGAUAACAUCGUGAUACAUUUACAUCCCGUCUCAAGUUGUUGCUUUUUCGUGAAAACGAUCAAUAUGAGCUUUUCGGAAUGUCAAAAAGAAUUAAGAAUGUCAAAAAUGUGUCGUCGCGCUUGCAGUAUACGGGAAGGGGAGGGGGGGAGAAGGGGGGGGGGAAGGAAGAGGAAGAGAGUGUAAUUUAUAAAUAAUAUAGUUUCAAUGUGGCUACCGUAACCGAAUUUGUCAGAUGUUUCGGUUUCUUUGAACACGAAAGCUCAAGUAAACGUGGCAGUAGGAUCUUACUAGGAACGUGACGGAGAACGACGCUAAUAAAUGAGUUUCCCCGCUCUGUGAUCGCUCGCGGCAACGAACAAUUCUAGCUGCAAUCUUCCGCGCACGAAACCCACGAAUUCCGCAUUGCAGGUGGUCGUGACGCACCAUUAUACGUGGACAAUGCAAAAUCGACAAAUGUCAUUAAUUGUGCAUCCUUUUCCAUGCAGUCAUUGUUUCGCGUUCCAAUUGGGACCGCAAAGAUACAACAUGUAUGUUUUGUCGUAAUGUCGUGCUUGUUAUUAACGAGGAAAUGUUUAAUCGAAUUAUUAGAAUAAAAAAUUGUCCAUUAUUUAUGAAAACGUAUAUAAAAAUACGUGUACAUACAUAAAAAUCUUUCUCUUUCACGUGCAGUUCCAAUAAAUCCAAGAAAAAAUAAAAAUCUCAUUAAAGAGUUGCAGGUUUUAACACUGGCUUCCUAUAUCCUCACACGUUCAUACGAAGCGCCCAACCGCUCGUCUACUCCAUUGUCUGUUGUCUAUUGUAUCGCUAUUGUAUUGCACGUACGCCAGUGUUCUUGUUGCUGUAAAUGCGAUAUAAAGGGGCAAAAAAGCUGCAUCAACAUGUGUUUAACUGCCAUGACUGCCGCAGAACGGAGAGACGUCAAUCAAUCUGAUUCAGUAGACUAGAAAAAAAUUUGAUUCGAUAAAGAAUUUGCUUGUCGCAUUACUCGCCUUUACCGAGAGUACAAGUCGAUGAGGAAGGAAAGCACAAAAUUGACUUUUCGAUUUUCAUGCGUGUUUCGGCGAUGAAAAAUGCCAGCUUAUCUCGCGAUAAGGUGCAUCCAUUAUCGAGGAAGAGGCGCAUAUCGACAUGCUAGUAUGAGGGGAGCUGAAGGGGGAGGAGGAGGAGAAGAAGGAACAGAGUGCAGCGAGAAACUAUCGUGACACCGUCGACACGCCAAGGCUUGGUGACCCGCAAACAGCGGGACACUCCAUUCCACAAAAGCCGUCCGUCAAGCAUCAAUAAUGUAGGAGGGUCGUAGCAUGGCCUUGUCGCGAGAUAUCGACCCGUUCGCAAAUAUCGAUUACUUCCAUCCACACGAUGGCCCAAGAUGCUGCCAAGUACGUUACAAAGUAAUUUCUAUUUCUAUUCUAAGUAAUUUCGCCGUAUACGCACACGAGGCGAGGCGCUACACAUCGAUAAGAAUUCCAUUUUGUAUGUUCUUUGGAUCGUUUCACCUUAGUUUCGAGUUCCAUUCACGCCCGAUUGUCAAGUCAGGCAGGCGAAAUGUUCGUCGGCUUGAUUCUCCCCUGAUUUGUCAAUUUUCAUCUCCUCUCUCUCUGGCUUCUCCUUGCCUCUUCCAUUUCUUGCCAUUUCCCAUUCUCUGGAUUUUCUUCCUCUCUCAACCACUCCCAUUUGGUCGCUCGCUCCGUUCUAUAGAGGGUAUUUAUCGAUCGCGCCGGCUCUAUAAAUAGGCACGCGGGACGGCGGUAUUUAGCAUUUCACACAACCAACUAUUUGCAUUGGCUGCAUGCAGCUUGACAAGUGGAUGAUACGUCGCGUCGACUCACUCGCGAGGAAAAGAUGACGGUAUCAUCUCAGCGCUCAUGUUCCCUUUCCCAGAGUUACGGAGGUGUACAUACAAAUUGCGGAAAUUCCGGAAGCGCGCGCGAACGAAACGAGACACGAGCAAACUUGUCGCGAUUAAGACCGGAAAUCUUCUCUCCGAAGUACAGGAUUGGAAAUUCUCGAUCCAUGAUGUUUGUCCGCGUUUUGAGAGUAGAAUAUACAAUAUAUGUAUGUACGACAAUGCCAUAAUACACGCGACAAUGUACUGUGCAACGUCAACCAAUUUAUCCCAAACGCAGACCUCAAAUCGACAUUGAAUCCGAUAUCGAUACAAAGUGAUCACCAAUUAAGUCCGGCAUGUUCGUACGUACAUACAUGUUUCCGCCUCCCGUAUCUGAUCGUGACUUGAAUGUCCGCAUCGAAGCUGACUCCGAAGGCUCCUUUCUAGGUUUCGUAACAUUAGCAAACAUUUGGUGGCUUCAAUGGCAGUAUAUACCUGACAAUUUCCAGAUACUCGUAAUUUCUAGUGUUGCGCUACCAAAUUUUAGAUUAUACACCGUAAUAUCUCGUCUUUCGUAUCUUUGCUCUGUCUCUGUCUCUCUCUACGCGUCUUUCAAAGUUCGAUACUCAUCAAGAAACUAUCGGGACUAGGAGACGCGCGAGCUAGCGUAAUCCUCUUUUCCUAUUGAUUGGCACACGGCCCGUUGCUGUGGUUACCAAAAGGUUGCUACAAUCCUUUCAUCAGCAACCAUUUAUUGGACGAACGUUAUCCGUUUGAGCUCGCGUAGGCUCGUGCCGAUAUUAGAGAACGAUGCUCGUAAUGAUGAAUAGUGCAAUAAACGAAAACGAAUCGCUCGUUGUUUUCCAAGUUUGCGUUUUACUCGUAUUCUCGACGCGACGAAUGUACAGUACGCUCAACAAGAAGAAUGUUGCAAAAAUUAAGUGGAAAACAUUUUCGUUUCGCGCGUGUAUCUUGACAGGUAUACCGAUCGCAAUAAAACGCAGACUUUAUUUUUGAAGAAGCGCAAGAGUAACAAAAUUUAUUCACUUGGAAAAGUUGAACGACGGAAGAGCGUUAUCACGAAUAUAUAUUAUACUUGGCGCGUUAGAUAUUAUAAAUAAAGACCGCUUAUUCUCUCUGUAAGUUUUUAAUUACAGGUUUUUCUUUUCUCCACACGCAUACUCGCCUAUUGUCUCGCUAUUGAUGAAAUGUGCGAUAACAAGGGAUAAUGCUUGUUCCAACAAAUUGCACAAUCCUACAGCUGUGUGCAAUCAACUAGCCCUAGACUAGUGUCCUCUUACGUGCGAUUAUACCCUAGGUGAAAUCGGAAACAAGCGAUAUUUUCAAUUGCAUAACAAUGCAACCAGAUGGCCAACACUCUAUUAUUGUUAGUUGGGCUACGUGCGGUUGAAAUGUUUGUGCAGUUAGCUGCAAGUUUGCGCACAAACAUAUCCCGCGUCGGACGUAGGUACACAGGAGCGACGUCAUGCAUCGGACCAAGUGGGGCGUCAAAAUCAAUCGAACGAACAUUUUGAAUGUAGUUUCAUGGGAUAGAGGAUAUGUGGAACAAAAUGAAUUACGCAAGUCAAUUACGCGUGACACGAUCGAGUUUCCUGGUCGUAUUUUCUACAAUACACUCGAAAUUAUGCAACUUUUUUCAAUUACCAUUCUGUAACAGUUGUUAUAUGUAUAACAGUCAACAUUUCUAACUUUUAAAUGACUUUAAGAGAAGGACAUUUCAAGUUGUAAAUGACAACGUCAUUCGAUAAAGGUCGUAAGGUGUUUUCAUUAAAAGGGACGAUUUAAGUAACGUUCUCGAAUCAAUCCUUUUUCAUGCAUGUCGUAGUUUCUGUCGCACCCGGUUCAAUUAAUCGCACGGUAAUCGCGAGACCCUUAAAUUACUUCUAAAACAGGUUUCAAGUUAUUUCAGGCAUCUCCCUCAUCGCGUAAAGCUGUUGUUGCUUGAGCGAACUAUCGCCAACUAUCGCGAUUAUAGAUAUGAAUUGUGAUAAACGUGUCUAUUAUACAUAAACUUGGAGUAUUUCAGUUUGAUCUUUGCUCGAGUGACUGGCGACUUGUUCGCGACUUGUUCAGUCAUCCUCUUGUUUUUCCCCAACGCUGCUUAAGAUUAAGGCGUCUCUUUUCGCCACUCACCAAGUAUUCUCCUGCGAAAAAUCUACUGGGAGUCGGUGGCCUUCUCGCAUUCGUUGUUCAACAAUCGAAACAGUUCACGGGACAAUGCGCUGAAGCAAACACAGAAAAAGACAUAGGGAUAGGGGUAGAGAGAUAGGGGCAGUACGGGCGAAAGUUUGGAACAAGAGCGAAAGAAACAUGUCGCGCAAAUAAUGGGGUGUAAUUACACUGCAAAUACGUUUUACGUUAUGGAUUGAAAAAGGGAUCGAGUUCAACAUUCGCAUACUCGGCGAAAGAUUAUCAAUUUUGCCGAGGGAGAUUAUCCCUCGAUAUCUAGAUGAAUAGC